UUAUUGUUGUCUUACUUGUCUAGCCCAACUGGUGUUGUGGCAUAGACAUUAACUUUUACUCAUGUAUUGCUUUCAUUAGCUACAGGCUGGUAGUGAAUAUUACCUUAUGUCUGUAUUAUUUUGUAUGUGUUAGUCUAGAUCUAAUUCAUUAUUAUUUUGUUAUUAUGUCUUAUGUUUUAUGUAUUUGUAAUUGCAGGCUAUAAUUCCUGCCUGUCUGCCAACUGGUUGCCGCAGUUAUUACUGCCAACUGUUUUCUGUCGUUAUUAUUACUGCCGAAUAGCUGCUUUAUUUGUUAGGAUCAGUUCGAUUUAUUAUAAAAACAAUGAUAUACUUUUUGCUUUUGGGAAGCUAUAUAUUGACAUCAUAUAUACUACUCAAGCAUCCUAACAUUCUGCAUAAAAAGAAAAAUCUCAUGUUUAGAGCUAAACAUAUUAGCCACAGGGGAGGUGCAGCUGAAAGAAUUGAGAAUACAAUGGAAGCCUUUAGAAAUGCCAAGGCUGUUGGUACAGAUAUGCUUGAAUUAGAUUGUCAGCUGACUAAAGAUGGUCAUGUAGUUGUGUCUCAUGAUGAUAAUCUUUCACGUAUAUGUAAUAGUCAGCUGUGUAUUUCAGAAACAGAGUAUCAGCAUCUUCCUCUGUUGAAGGAAAAAGUGAAGGUUGAUUUUUACCAAAAAAUGUUUGGUGAAGGUAAAGACCAUCGAAUACCUCUUCUAGAGGACGUUUUCCGGGAAUUUCCUGAUCUUGCCAUCAACAUUGACAUCAAGGUGAACAAUGACAUACUUAUGAAAAAGGUCGAUGAAAUGAUUAGACGUUACAACAGGGAGGAGCUAACUGCUUGGGGAAAUAGAUCUGAUGAAAUUUGUCAAAAACUAUUUAAAUUAAAUCCCAAAGUGCCUUUAAUUUUUUCACUACGACAAGUCACUUUACUUUUGAUAUUUUACUGGACAGGAUUACUCCCCUUUAUCAAUUUAAAGGAGUCUCUGUUGGAAAUAAUUGUACCAGGGAUUAUGCUAGAUUCUCAAGAAUUGAUUGACAUGCCUCUUAGUAGAAAGGCAAAAUUUGUUUUCUGGAUAAUGGACAAGCUUUUAAUCCGACCAUCUUUAAUCAAACAUUUAGAUGACCGAGGUAUACAGACAUAUCUUUGGGUAUUAAACCGGGAGAAAGAUUUUGAUAGAGCUUUUAAAGCUGGAGCUACAGGUGUAAUGUCAGAUAGAAUAGUGCUGCUUAGAAAAUAUUUAGACAGCAAGAUUUCAACAACUCAAGCAAAUUUUCAUGAGAUUAAGCAAGAUUAAUUGUUUGUGCAUUAUUAUUUAAAAAAUAAUUUGUAUACACAAUGUACAUGUUGCUGCUACAUUUAUCAUCGAUUUUUCAUAUUAUUUUAUUUUUAUGAGCAUAACGAUGCUAAUAUAGACCUAAAAUAAACAUAAAAAUAAAUUAAAAAAAAAAAAAAAUGUUUGUAUUAAAAUUUUAUAUGUUGAA